UAUGUCAUAUGUAGGGCCUUCUAGUUCUGCCCUAGCAAGCACCACAAGGAUAAAAGUUUCAAUCAGUCCAAUUGGAGAGAUUACUGCAGAUAAUAAAAAUCAAUUCACCUCAUUUCUAGGAAAUGUGGUUAGGACUCAUUGUUCAAUUGCAUACAAAAAUUGGCGGCUUGUGCUAGGUACCAUCAAGGAUAAUGUUUGGUCAACUAUUUUGGCCAAAUAUGAUGUUGACGAUAGCGACAAUUGUAAAAGUGUCAUAAUUAAGCGUGCUAAUGAUAUGUGGAAGGACUGGAAGAACCGAUUACGAGGAAGUGUCCUAGAUAUGUAUGCUAAUGAUGGAGACAAAAAGAAAAAUUGCCCAAAUGGUAUCAAGCUAAAAGAUUGGGUCAAAUUCGUUGAUUUCAAAUCUACAGAAGAGGCAAAGUCUCGUCGUGAAAAGGGAAAUGAAUCCAGAAGAGAGAUGAAGUUCCCUCACAUGACUGGUCGACGGGGGUCUGCUAGGACGACAGAGUUGAUUCAACAAAAAAAUCCAGAUACUCAAAUCACGAGAACUGAAUUGUUUCUAGCAACUCAUACUAGAUCCGAUGGGUCUUUCCCUUCACAAGAGCUGAGCAUCACAAUGGAAAAAAAUAAAAGAAAUAGUUGCCAAUGACCCAGCUUGUAUGCAUAAUGAUUUAAAUCAC